GGAGCGGAAACUCGACAGUUUGACGCGCGGCGCAUCGGUGGCGAGACCUGUCAGAGUUCAAACGAGGAAUUAGAGAAACGAGGAACGUCAUCUGAGACCAUGGACAAGACUAAAACUAAGUUACAAUUAUUUUCGCCGCACCUAACGUGAUUUCGUUCGUUUUAAUCCGCCAUAAUCUGCUGCGCAACUGGGAAUUAUGGAGCGCGCGGAGCUCAACGAGCCAAAGCCGCCAUCCAAAGCUAACCAGGAACCCAUCCGAUUCGGGAUCGACCAGAUUCUGGGCUCUCUGGACCCGGAGAGCAGCCGUGGAAACACUGUGGAUAACAGCCGCUUGAGAAGCCCAACCAGGGCGAGCGUUGCGCCUCAUGUCUCCAUACCCGUCUCUCUCUCCGGAGUCCCGGGCUCGCUGGAGGACUGCGGGCGGGUGUACGGGGUGAGCGGCUCUCUGGUGCCCGGUGGAGUGAUUCGGGUCCCGGCGCACAGACCUCUGGCUGCCGCGGUGCCGCAGGCGAUGUUGAGCGCGGCACCGGCGCUGUGUUUCCCCUGGAUGGACAAUAACCGCAGGUUCCCUAAAGACAGACUGCCAGCUCUCAUUCCGUUCACCGUGACCCGGCGGAUCGGUCACCCGUAUCAGAACCGAACUCCCCCGAAACGGAAAAAGCCCCGCACGUCGUUCUCUCGCGUGCAGAUCUGCGAGCUGGAGAAGCGCUUCCACAGGCAGAAGUAUCUCGCGUCCGCGGAGCGCGCGUGCCUCGCCAAGAGCCUGAAGAUGACGGACGCGCAGGUCAAGACCUGGUUCCAGAACCGCAGGACCAAGUGGAGAAGGCAAACAGCUGAGGAAAGAGAGGCGGGACGUCAGCAAGCCAAUCGGAUGCUGCUUCAGCUUCAGGCCGACGCCCUCCAGAAGUCCAUGAGCGAAUCAGUGUCGUCGGAUCCUCUGUGUGUUCAUAACUCCUCCCUCUACGCCCUCCAGAACCUGCAGCCUUGGGCCCAGGAGAGAGCUGGGAAAACCACAACACUGGCUUAA